CACUGCUGAUCACUUGUUCGCAAGGCACAGAGAUGAACUUCCAGCUACUGAUUCUGCUGCUGGUGGCCGUGUUUGGCGUCGUCUCGGCAAGCAGAUUCUACGACGGCGACGGUGGCGGUGGUUACGGAUACUCCAGUCGUGACGGAGGACGCUACCGCAGUUAUAGCGGAAGGGACCACGGCAGUCAUGACAGAAGGCACUGGGGCAUGCACGGCGGCGGCGGCUUCGGCCGCGGCGGCUUCGGCGGCGGCUUCGGCCGCUAAGGUCACAAUUGUGGCCACCAUCGCUACUGACGACACAACAUAUGACUUGGGAGAGCCGUCAGCGGGAGAGCUAUCCCGUUUGUCUCCCCGCGGUGUGACCCGACCCUGUCCUGCACAGUGACCGCUGUCGCAACUGACCACUGUCCGUCUAACUCUGAUCGUCACCUGGAACUGCAUCUCUUCUGCAAAAAUAAAUCUGCACAUUUACGGUCCGUUUUAAGGAACAACGGAGUCGUCCUUUCACCUUAAUGACACGAAUGUCAACGUUUGUGUGCCUCGCGAUAGACGUCGUGGUGCGGAAUUUUGCUCAACAAAUGCUCUGCAUGUUUUUCACAAUGCACAUGCUACAUAUUUCCAUUGGUUGGUAUUUUAUCACACGGAAAAAAUAUUUGCAAAGUGGCAGAUUGAAAGCUUUGCCUUUCAACAUUGAAGCAAAACAAUUUGUUACACAUGCUCUUACUUUUAUCCCGUCUUUUAUAAUGCCUGCAGCGCUAUCUCAAGAUGUUUCGGCCACACACGCACCGAUUCAUUUCCCAGGCGUUAGCGUUGCGCCUGUGUUGGAGGGUGUUGGCUCGUGUUUCAGUACCUCUUUUUCUCGUUGAUGUUUACCGUGGCUCAGGAUUACUAUGGCUUGGUAAAAGGAUGUAGGAUCCUCUUAUUUGUAGUUAAGAUGUGGUUGUUUAAGCUGUCCCUACAAUGGUGUGCAAUAUA